AAACUUUGCCAAAGCUACCCUAUGUCUCUGCCCUCCAGAGCCUAGUGCCACAGAGAGUCCUGAAUGGGGCCAGCUUAAGUCUCCUCUGUGCCCCUGCCCUGAUAUGGAUGAAGGGAGCAGGGAGCGACGGUGCGCUAGUUAGGAGAGUGAUUCUGCCCCCAAUGCCCACUCUAUCCAACCAGCCUAGAACAACCUUUCCCUAAACAUUUUUUUAAAGAGAAAGUAAAUAUUCUUUCUAAGAAAAAUCCAUGAUGGUAUAUAAUGUCUUUGAGGUGCACUCCGCGAUUUGGGGCUGCUCACUCACCGCCCCAGCCCCAGCCCCAUUCCAUUCCCCUAAGGAAGCCAGAAAGGCCCCUCCUCUCCCAGCUUUUCUUGGGGGAGGAGCACCGAACUUCCUUGGGCGACCCUGGGACGCUGCUGUGGUGGUUGCAGGCAGCAGGGUCACAGUGACUUUCCCAAGGUGGUGGAGCGUUGUGGGGGAAUCCAGAGAACAUACUGUAACCGGUUCCUUCCUUAAUGUUCUACAGCCAAGACUGAAGUUCAAGGCCCCGUGUUCCGAGUGAACUGAGGCUUGUGGCCGGUCAAGCUCGGGAGCAAGACGUUGUCAUCACAGGUUGGCACUCUGUGGCCCACCUGGCCACACCCAGUUAACAUGAUGGACACAGAGAGCCCCAUCUGCCCACUCUCCCCACUUGAGGCGGACGACCUGGAGAGUCCCUUAUCAGAAGAAUUCUUACAAGAAAUGGGAAACAUCCAAGAGAUCUCUCAGUCCAUUGGGGAAGAGAGUUCCGGAAGCUUUGGUUUCACGGAUUACCAGUACUUAGGAAGCUGUCCUGGCUCCGAGGGCUCGGUCAUUACAGACACCCUCUCUCCAGCUUCCAGCCCCUCCUCAGGCAGCUGCCCUGUGAUCCCUGCCAGCACGGAUGAGCCCCCUGGCAGUGCAUUGAACAUUGAGUGCCGAAUAUGUGGGGACAAGGCCUCAGGAUACCACUACGGAGUGCACGCGUGUGAAGGCUGCAAGGGCUUCUUUCGGCGAACCAUUCGGCUAAAGCUGGCGUAUGACAAAUGUGACCGAAGCUGCAAGAUUCAGAAAAAGAACCGGAACAAGUGCCAGUACUGCCGCUUCCACAAGUGCCUGUCCGUCGGGAUGUCGCACAAUGCAAUUCGUUUUGGAAGAAUGCCAAGAUCUGAGAAAGCCAAACUGAAAGCAGAGAUUCUCACCUGUGAGCACGAUCUGGAAGAUUCGGAAACUGCAGACCUCAAAUCUCUGGCCAAGCGAAUCCACGAGGCCUACCUGAAGAAUUUCAACAUGAAUAAGGUCAAGGCCCGGGUCAUACUCGCAGGAAAGACCAGCAACAAUCCGCCUUUUGUCAUACAUGACAUGGAGACCUUGUGCAUGGCCGAGAAGACGCUUGUGGCCAAGAUGGUGGCCGACGGCAUCCAAAACAAGGAGGCGGAGGUCCGAAUCUUCCAUUGCUGCCAGUGCAUGUCUGUGGAGACCGUCACCGAGCUCACAGAGUUUGCCAAGGCCAUCCCGGGCUUUGCAAACUUGGACUUGAAUGACCAAGUUACCUUGCUAAAGUACGGUGUGUACGAGGCCAUCUUCACAAUGCUGUCCUCCCUGAUGAACAAAGAUGGGAUGCUGGUAGCCUAUGGCAACGGCUUCGUCACGCGCGAGUUCCUCAAGAACCUGAGGAAACCAUUCUGCGACAUCAUGGAACCCAAGUUUGAUUUCGCGAUGAAGUUCAACGCCCUAGAACUAGAUGACAGUGACAUUUCCCUCUUCGUGGCUGCUAUAAUUUGCUGUGGAGAUCGGCCUGGCCUUCUAAACAUAGGCUACAUUGAGAAGUUGCAGGAGGGGAUCGUGCAUGUGCUUAAGCUCCACCUGGAGAGCAACCACCCGGAUGAUACCUUUCUCUUCCCAAAACUUCUUCAAAAAAUGGUGGACCUCCGGCAGCUGGUCACGGAGCAUGCGCAGCUUGUGCAGGUCAUCAAGAAGACGGAGUCGGACGCGGCGCUGCACCCGCUACUGCAGGAGAUCUACAGAGACAUGUACUGAUAUUUUUUUUUUCCUGAGACGGCGCCCGUUGCCACCGUUCAGGGACCUCUAAGGUCUGCGGCCCCAUACAGGAGAGCAGGGGUUUGCACAGAUGGCUACCCUUCUACCCUUGGAGAUUAAGAGGGCUGGGCCUAGGUAAUGCAGGCUCUCCCCACAUCUUUCCUUUCUGAAUGGGCACUUCUAAGACUGACUGUUGCCCAAAUGCUGGUGACCAGAGGCUGAUAGAAUACAGACAGUUACAGAGAAUGGCAGGUCCCCAGUCUGAUCUUAACUGGCCCAAUGCUAAUCAAUGCACAUUUCUCUACAUCACAUUUGUAACUUGCCAUUAAUUAACGGGUAACCUCAAAGCCCUCGAGGUCUCUUCUUUUCUUGCCUUCUGAACUGUGAGCACUCUUGUAAAUCCCGAAAACUAAUCUGCACUUUUCAACCUUUAAAACCUACAAAUCAAGGUGUUGCCCAAGGUUAGCCACUUAAACAUGGCGAAGAUGUUUAUUGGGAAGACUUCCCUUCUGUUUCCUGGCUCUAGGGAAGAGAGUUGGCUUCUGAGAACAUUCAAGAAUGGUUUGAUAAGCUAUCAGAAUGCAGCCCCAUCAUUUUCUUUGUUGAUCACUGUUUUGGAGGGUGUAACUGACAGGUGG